AUGGGAAAUUCUCGGAAGCCAUGGAUUGUCCAGCAAGAAGAGAGAUGGCGGCCCGGGGGAUUUUAUCAUAUUUCAGGGGGUGAAGACACCCGCAAGACUUUUACUGACACUCUUUAUGCAGCUUUGGUAGGUGCAGGGUGGCGUACGUUUAAGCAUGAUAAUGAGAUUGAGAGAGGGGAAAAUAUUAAGACAGAACUAGAGAAUGCAAUUAGAAAUUCGAGGAGUUCAAUAAUUAUCAUCUCGAAGAACUAUGCUACUUCAACAUGGUGCCUUGAUGAACUUGUCAAAAUCCUUGAACAUAAGAGGACAAAAGGGCAUGCAGUUCUUCCUGUCUUCUAUCAUGUGGAUCCUUCUGAAGUUAGAGAUCAGAAAAAGAGUUUUGCAGAAGCAUUUGCGAGUUAUGAGAGGCAAAUUAAAGCUGAAAGUGAUGAAGGAAAGAGGGAGUUGAUAGAUAAGGUCCGAAAAUGGAGAGCAGCUCUUGGAGAGGUGGCAGAUUCGGGUGGUGUUCUAGUGAACAAUCAAGAGUAUAAGAAGGAAUCAGAGUUCAUUGAAGAAAUUCUUCAACUCAUUGAGGAUAAGCUGAACCGGACAAUAUCGAGUGUUGCACCUUACCUGGUUGGGAUCAGUUCACGGGUCGAAAAUAUCAUUUCAUGGUUGCUAGACGGAUCACAUGAUGAUAAUGUUAUUGCAAUUUGUGGGAUGAGUGGAAUUGGGAAGACAACUGUUGCCAAAUAUGUUUUCACUACAAACUGUAGAAGAUUUGAAGGUAGUAGUUUUCUUGAAAAUAUCCAAGAUAUUUCUCAGCAACCUGAUGGCUUAAUUCGCUUACAAAAGCAGCUCCUUUAUGAUUUAACUGGGAAAAAGAGUAAAAUACAAGAUACUGAUGAAGGCAUCAUCAAGAUUAGAGAUGCUAUAUGUUCUAGGAGAGUUCUAGUCAUAUUGGAUGACAUUGAUCAACAAGAACAACUUCACGCUAUAAUUGGAAUGAAAAAUUGGUUCUGUCCAGGAAGUAAAAUAAUCAUAACAACUAAGAAUUCAUGUUUGCUGAAGAUUCAAGAAAUUCAAAAAGUCCAUAAAGUCAGGGAAAUGGGUAAUGAUGAAUCACUGGAGCUUUUCAGUUGGCAUUCCUUUGGGGAGGACCACCCAGGUGAUGACUACAUGGAACUAUCAAAAAGGGUGGUAAAGCAUUGUGGAGGGCUUCCUCUGGCACUUCAAGUAUUGGGUUCUUCUCUUCGUGGGAAAAAUAUCGAUGUAUGGAAGAGUGCAUUAGACAAGUUGGAAACAAUUCCUGCAAGCCAGAUCAUUAAAAAACUAAAAUUUGGGUAUGACUCAUUAAAAGAUGAUCAUGAUAAGAAUUUGUUCCUUGACAUUGCCUGCUUCUUCGCAAGAAAGGAUAAAGAUUAUGUUAUUGCUGUGCUAGAGGAAUCUUAUAUUUAUACAAAAAUUGGGAUUCAGAAUCUCAUAGAUAGAUUCCUUUUGAUGAUUGAGGGUAACAAGUUGAUAAUGCAUCAAAUGCUUCGGGACAUGGGCAGAGAAAUAGUCCGUCAAGAAUCAUCUAAGAAGCCUGGGAGGCGUACCCGGUUGUGGCACUACAAGGAUUCAUUUAAUGUAUUGAGAGAAAACAUGGGCUCAGAGACUAUUGAAGGUCUUUUCUUUGACAUGAAUAUGGUAAAGGAAGGCGAAUCCUUCAUGGGAAGUUCUAGCAGUGGAAGAAAGUGGCUGUUUACAGAAGUUAAGAGUUAUCGGUUCGGUUUCUCCAGGCAUCCCAACAAAUUUUCUUCAAAAUCCUUAAAUGAGCUUGAAUUGGGAACGAAUCUCUUUACUGUUAUGAAUAAGCUAAGACUGCUUCAGAUAAAUUAUACCCAUCUAAAUGGUGCUUAUAAAGAUUUUCCCAAGAACCUGAGGUGGCUAUAUUGGAGAGGUUUUCCUUUGAAGUGUGUGCCAAAUGAUUUUCCAUUGGAGAGCUUGUCUGUUCUUGACAUGCGGAACAGCUGUUUGGAAAGACUGUGGGAAGGAAGAAGAGUGCUUCCAUUGGUAAAAAUUCUCAACCUCAGCCACUCUCAUUCUCUUUUCAGAACUCCUGAUUUUUCAGGACUCCCAAUGCUGGAAAAGCUUGUUCUCAAAGAGUGUGUCAAUCUAAUUGAGGUUCAUGAAUCCAUUGGAACCUUAGAGGCUCGGCUCAUUUUCUUAAAUAUCAAAAACUGCAAAAGACUUCAGAAGCUACCCAGAGAGAUUUGCAAGCUAAAAGUUCUUAAAACCUUCAUAAUAUCUGGUUGCUCAAAUCUUGUAGAAUUGCCAAGAGACUUGUGGAGGAUGCAAUCCUUGGAAGUAUUUCUCGCCAAUGAAAUCCCAAUGAGUCAAUUACCCUCUAAGAGAAAACAGAACCCAAUAUGGCAUGUAUUUAUCCGGUCUUGGGUUCCGAAGCCGAAAAAAGUUCUUGAGCUUUCAUGGGUUUCUUUACCAAAGUCAUUGGUUAAAUUAAGUCUAUCUGAGUGCAACUUAUCUGAAGUUGCUUUUCCGAGGGACUUCAGUAAUUUAAUGUUGUUGCAGAACCUAGACCUCAGUAAAAAUCCAAUCAGUUGUCUUCCAGAUUGCAUCAGAACUCUUUCCAGGCUCAACAAUCUUGAAUUAUAUUCUUGCACAAUGCUUAAAUUUCUCAUAGACCUGCCUCGCAUCCACAGAUUGGGGGUGGGAAACUGCACUUCCCUAGAAAGAGUUACAUAUCUAUCAGUAGGGUGCCGUGCAAAAGUUCACCAAAUAAGUGGCUGUAAAGAACUCACUGAUAUGGAGGGAAGCUAUAAGUUGGAAUCCAUGGGAGGAGUUGAGAAAACAAUGAAGUCGUUGGAAUUAAGCAUGUGGGAUUCUGUCAGAAGCUUUGAAGUGAAACUGUUUAACAAUUCAACUCAUACAGAAAGUAGAGGACCAGUAAAGGUAUUUUCUCCUCUUCCAUUCCCCCUUCCCACCCCCAAAGAAGGGGUUGACGGAUCUACUUUCAUUUGUGUGGUCAAACUUCUUCAUGUAACAGCUGUACCUGUAUUGCUUGAAAAAGGAAUGAUCAGCAUAUAUCUUCCAGGGAGCAUGGUUCCUGAUUGGUUUUGUUACAAGAGUGCUGGAUCAACUCUAUCUUUCACCGUCCCUUCAUCUCCUGAUCUCAAGAUCCAGGGCAUAACUGUGUGCUCAGUGUACACAAUUGACUGGAAAGUCUUGAUUAAGGGUGCCGAAUUUUAUUUGAUAAUCCAUAAUGAGCAGAAGAAUGUGAAACUGAUUUAUUGCCCAAUUUGCUAUGGCCUUCCUGAAGGCCAAAAUGAAAUGUUAUGGUUCACUCAUUGGAAGUUUCUGAGUCAGCUGGAUGCUGGUGACACCUUGAAUGUCACAGUUUUUACUAUGGUUGGUUUUAUCAUCAAGGAAAUUGGUAUUCACUUGAUGCAUGGUGAACAAGUAGACAUGAUUUUUAACUCAAACAGUCAAGAAAUGCAGCGAGAUUAUCCUUAUCAGGGGAGGAUGCCUACGAAACGUCAAGGGCUUGUAGAUUUAUACUGCUAUGGCUAUAUGGGGGCUGGAUUGGACUACAUUUUGCCCUACAUACCAUGA